AUGGAUAGUUCUAUAAUUGUUAUAACCCAAGCUGACCCGACUUUAGUUUAUAUUUCUUUAUUAGUAAUUUCCUGUGGUCACCCUGGUAUUCUGAUAAAUGGUUACCUUAAUGGAAGAGACUUUUCCCAGGGUAAAUUUGUGACGUUCAGCUGUAAGUCUGGUUAUAAACUUGUCGGCAAUCAACAGAGGACGUGUCAAAGCAAUAAAGUUUGGUCUGGAAGUCUCCCAUCAUGCAUCUUUGUGAACACGUGCAAUAGUAAUCCCUGUCAAAAUGGCGGAAGUUGUAUAGAUGGCGAGAAUCAAUACACCUGUAACUGUAUCCAUGGAUACACAGGCGUACACUGUGAAAAAGAUAUUCAGCCACCUAUUGUAAAGAACUGUUCGUCAAAUAUACGAAGUACAUCAUCUUCACGAUUCGUCAACAUCACGUGGCCAGCUCCUACCCUAUACGAUCCAUUUAGUCAUAAAGUUGUUGUGUCCACUAACUACCCGCAUCAUGGGUCUAUCUUUUCUUGGGGAGACUAUACUGCUCGAUAUACAGCUCUAAAACCUUUCAACGGUCUUAGGUCCAACUGCACAUUUAAUAUUACAGUUAGACCUUUGCCUUGUCCAAAUAUUUCUACUCCUUUGAACGGUGCUCUGGUCUGUAAUGGAUGGUUGACAGAUUUUUUUCGUGCAUGUGUUGUGUUCUGUCAAAUAGGAACCCGACCUAGCCCAGAUCAUGACCUCAGCACAAUGUAUUUCUGUGGUGGAGCUGGACGCUGGUUUCCUUCGGUACUCCUGCCUUCCUGUCAAAGAUCAUCUCUGCAACCACCUGAGAGAGAUGCUUUUCAUUACUUCAUGAGCUGUGACAAAAAACACAUAGAUCAAAUGACGAAAAACUAUAUAAACAUUCUUAGAAAGACUAUGUUUAGGAGUGUUUGCUUAAAGUUUAAGGAUCUCUGCAAACCAGAAAAUGUUGAUGUCCAAUGCUCAGAUAUCCAAGUAAAUGAAGUGAUAUAAUUCCACUUAUGUAUCUUUUAUUGAAUGCAACCCAAUUUAAACUAGGAAAUUCCAUCAAAAUUUAUCUUUUUUUUUAUCUAGAUGACCUUCUAUUGAUAAGUUUGUUUUUGUCAAAGUCCUCAUGCAGCAGUUGACCUAGUUCAUCUGCAUUUUGACAAAACACAAAAGCAAAUAGAAGGAAUGAUAGUGUAGUCCUCUAACAAAUUUCUUUUGCAGCAAUUUUUUAAGAUAUAUUCUGUAGAAUCAAGAGAAAAUAAAAAAGAGGAUCUUGGGAGGAGAACAACUACCGGCGGUAAUUGAUUUUUGAAUAUUUCAUCGUAGAUUCAGUGCAUAUAAAUGUAUGCGUUGAUUCAAUACUAGCAAUUCAUAGGCACUUCUAUUACUUACCAAAAUUUGCAGACACUGUGCGAGGUUUAACUAAACAUUAUUGUCCUUUCUUUCCCUCUGUAGGACAGACUCCACUGUUGUUCAACCUUUCUUGUUUUCAUUGUAAUGAAAUGUAGCAAUACACAGGCAAUAAUUUUCUAUGGUUUAUUGACAUGUUUAAAACUAUACAGGUAAUAUAAAAAAGAAUAGCUACAUGUAAAAACCUUGCAUGCAUUGACAAGUAAAAGAAGUUCAUACUCUCGAAUGCAAAAUGAAUCAGUACAAAGUGAAAAUCUUCACGUUCAUAUGUUUGAUAACGGGUGACAAUUUUGGAAGAUCCCGAAGAAGAUAAGGACUCUCCACAAUAUCUUCUACCAUCUUGCGCCAUUGAGCCUUGAAUUUAUAAA